CCCUCCUCUCUCACCACCCGUUCAUCCCAUCCUAUACCUGUCCUUUUAUACCUUCCUACAUACAAUAAUAUCCACCUACAACACUAUACUAACAAUAACUACUAUUUACCUCAAUAACAAGAUAUCAAUACUCUAUAUACGAGCAACACAUAACUCGUAUAGUCGUACACACACAAACCUACCUACAUAAUACCCACCCCUCCAUAGAUUAACACUCCCCCUCCACCAUCCACGGCCAACGAACCGGAAUGCAGCCGGGGAAAUCUCUACAUUACUCUGCAUAAACACUGCAACACAUGCAACACCCUUCCUCGCCCACCAGAUCCCACAUCCCUACCCGUUUGCACCGUUAAUCCUUGCGGGGAUUACCAUCGCGGGCAUUAAAUCCUAGCCAAUCCAUCGUCAUACCUGCCACGGCCGAACGAAACUCAAUGCCAUCUGUCCUGCGGGAGGUGCGAGCCGUACCGGAUUUUAUCGCUGUCCGCCGUCGCGACAACUGAAUCGCAUCUUACGCGCCCACCACCACUACCUACUACUACGACCCUUCCAUCGAUCUUACUUCUUACUCCCUCCCCCCCCUCUCCCUUCCCCCUUCAGAUCCCUUUGUCUCCAUUAUACCCCUCUCCCCGACCUUGACAGACCAUGACCGAACCGCUGGCGCAAGCCGCCGCAGCCUCGGCCCAAACGCCCGCUCCUGUGGCCACUACAACCGCCGCUGAAACUGCCGAACCUGUAGCCACCACAACCACCGCUACUACCGCCGAACCUGUAGCCACUACCACCACCACUGCCGAGCCUACUGCCGCUCAGCUUCACCCCGUCGAGGAGCAGGAACACCAGAUCGUGGUGGACGAGAAUGAUGCGCUCGCGGACUUCGAUGAUGAGGCCUUUGAUUCUGGUAGUUCUGCCGGCGGCAGCGCGUUCACCUCCAUAACUUCGUCUGUGCUGCGCGGCGAGGUCGCCGAGGGCGGCAGGACGUACGCGGUGUAUGGGAAAGAGGAGUAUGGACUCCCAAUGGACGACACGGAGUUGAACCGUCUGGAUAUGUCGCAUGCCAAGUACUAUGGGCUCCUUGAGAAAAAACGCUUCUUGGCACCGAUUGGCGAUUCGCCGCAGAAGAUUUUGGAUUUGGGUUGUGGAACUGGAAUUUGGUGUAUCGAUGUCGCCGAUGAAUACCCAUCCGCUGAGGUCAUCGGAGUUGACAUCGCACCCACCCAACCAGAAUGGGUCCCCCCGAACUGCCGCUUCGAGCUCGACGACAUGGAAGAGCCUUGGAUGUGGAGUAAGAACAGCUUCGACCUCAUUUUCCUCCGCGACCUCAUCUACUGCAUUCGCGACUGGCCUAAGCUGAUAGACCAAUGCUACACCCACGUCAAACCCGGCGGCUGGGUAGAAUUCCAAGCCGUAACCGCCCUCCUUGGCAGCGACGACAACACCGUCCCCCCCGGCGGCGCCCUCGAGCAAUUCGCCUCCAACCUGAUCACCUCCUCCCGCAUGUUCGGCACCCCCAUUGAUGACCCCAUCCGCUGGAAGGGCUGGUUCGAAGAGCGCGGUUUCGUCGAUAUAAACCUCAAGAUCUUUAAACUGCCCAUUAAUACGUGGCCGAAGGAUACACGGAUGAAGGUCCUCGGGGCGUGGGAGAUGGAGAAUCUGUUGAGCGGGAUGGAGGUUAUGACUAUGAGGGUUUUUGUGAAGGCGCUUGGGUGGACGGAGGAGGAAGUGCUGGUGUUCUUGGUGAAUGUGAGGAAGGAGGUUAAGGAUAGGGGGAUCCAUGGUUGGUGGCCUUACUAUGUCCUCACGGCACGCAGACCGGAAGAGGGCGAGACGGCGUAGGAGGCUUGAUUGCUUGCGGUUGUGGUGGGUAUGGCGCUUGCUGCCGGAGGGGGAUUGGAAUGAGAUAUAUAGGUGAGCUUAGGUGUACGGCGUGCG